ACCUUCAAGGCAGAGUUGUGAGAGGUAUCGUCAUUGCAGAUGGUACAUCGCAGCCAGUACCUCAGCAGCAACAUCACCAGUCGAUGCCUGAACCAACUCAACCAACUGAAUCGACAGAAGAGAAUAUUGUUCGAACCGAACUCACAGUUCCUCACGAUCAGAAUCUACAAGAAGGAGUCGCCAGUGCUCCCGCAUUCGGUGUUCCUGGCAGUGCCCACCCGGGUAACAUCUAUGACGGUCACAAACACGCCGUGGACGCCAAGCUUACUGAGUCGGGUGAUCCUGUGAUGGGCGAGCAGAAUAGUUCAAGCACGAUCCGCGGACAAGAGCCUCCGAUUGUGGUUCAAGGAACCGGCGCCUCAUCGCCGACCACUGGUUCCCAACAGACAGCAUCCGGACAGCACAUGGAGCAGAACCAAACACCGGCGGCAACAGGCCCAGAGCCUGUCCACUACAACCAGGGCACCUCAUCGAUCGCGGCACCAGAGCCGGUGCCAUUCUACAUGCAGCCGAACGUCGGCGCAUAUCUACCACAGCCUCUUAGAAUGGGGCACCCAUACUGGCAGCAAUCCGCAAACCCGUGGAACUAUCAGAACAAUGGAUACGGCCAAUCGCGACAGUACCCCAUGCUUCCAUACUGGAACCAACUCCAGGCGAAGGGCGCAUCCGAGCCCCAAAUUCAGCAGAACUCCAGGAACUACACGCAACCCGCGAUAUCCUGGCAGUCCAUCGGCGAGGACCCACUCCACGGCCCGACAAAGGUGUUCCGCAAGGCGGAUUCGGAUAAGAAGAACACCUCGCCUAACGAGUACAAGCCGAGUGUAGAUAUGCCCCUAGCGUUCAGCCGCACCAGCAGCAACGGCUGGUCACGACGCUCAUCGGAAGAGUCGACGGCUCGACGACCGUCGUUCACGAGUAACACACCGAGCGAGUUCGAGCCGCGGUACACGAGCCAUCAGUUCAGCGCGAUCCCGCGCCCGCAGUACUCCCCACCGCACGCAUACGACCCCGGCCAGUUCCAGGUGCGAACUGAGAGCAUCGCUAGGCCCGCUAGAUACCGGACCUACGUCAACACACUCCCGGACAGGCCGUGCGUCAACGCGCCUCAGUACAACAGUCCUACCCCUAGGGAGGAGCAUUAUGACCCGUGUCCUUGUGCGAGAUGUGUCGAGCGCGACUGCUCCAUCUACAUAGAUGGGUUCCCGGGGUUUGUGCAUGAGGAUGCUAGAGAUAGGGUAUUCGACUAUUUUACGAUGAGCGUUGGACCCGCGAUUCGUACAUGGGUCGUUAAGGGAUCCCGUGGCAUGAUCAUCCUGUAAGUUAUCUCUCACCUAGACCAUUCCCCUUUGGUAUUAUUAUAUGCUGAUAGCUAACCAAUUAUCCUUCGCAGAUUUGGCUGUCCGGAGCAUGCACUAGAAGCCGUUCGCGGCCGCCAUGUCAUCCCAGGUGUCACAUCGAAGCCCCUACGUGUUAGGUUCCGUGUAGGUUCUCAGUAUUUCAAGCCUCUC